AUUAUUAAAGCUGAAUUUCAAUUUUAAACACCUGGAAAUUCGAAUAAAAUUCUGGAUUAAGAGUGUCGUGGCAUCGGGAUCCGGAGAUUCAUUCAUAAAUUAAUUAAUUCUCAUCCAUAUCCAUUUCUCCAUACUCUGCUUUUCGGACACCAAACCAUAAUUUCAUAAACAUUGUCUUCUUUCUGCUUAAUUUAAUUUAAUUUAGUUUAAUUUAAUUGAAGAUGGGAAGGAUUUUUGUGGUGUAUCUGGAAGGCCAAAUCUACAUAUGCAAAUUCUGCAAAACCCAUUUAGCUCUUGCUCAUGAACUCGUCUCUCGGGCAUUUCAUUGCCGGAGGGGAAAGGCAUACUUGUUUAAUAACGUAGUGAAUAUCACAGUCGGACCUCAUGAGGAGAGGAUGAUGCUUUCGGGAAUGCAUACCGUGGCAGACAUAUUUUGCUGCUGUUGUGGCCAAAUAGUUGGCUGGAAAUACGAAGCUGCACACGAAAUGAGCCAGAAAUAUAAAGAAGGGAAAUUUGUCCUCGAACGAGCGAGGAUAAUGGAUGGAGUUGACUCGGAAUUCUAUAUCGAUACUUGCGCUUCGGCCGGUGAUUCUGAUGAUGCGUAGAUUUUGCUGUUCUUUGUAACUUUAGAUGGUAAUAAAUGUACUGGGCUUCUUUUGUAUUAAUGUGUAUGUAUGAAGAUGUAGCAGAAGCAGUUGUUCCUUUAAUUAGGUUUCGAAGUGGUUAGUAUUUUGAGCUGGUAGAUGUUGUUUUGAGGCACAAUUUAGACACAAACCAACUACGAAUUUGUAA